ACCUCCCGGCUGCGGACGCCUGCGAGCAGGUUGUUGUUUUUAAGAGAGGCGUCACUGUGCUCGGAGCUGUGACCGCCGCCACCGCGACAGUCAGCGCAGUCGGGCGGAGGUGGCACUGCUCGUUCAGACCUGAAAAAUGUCUGAAAAUUCCAGUGACAGUGAUUCAUCUUGUGGUUGGACUGUCAUCAAUCAUGAGGGGUCUGAUAUAGAGAUGGUGAAUUCUGAACGUGGCACAGCCAGUGACAGCUGUGAGCUUGCUCCAGAAUGCACAUCUUUAGAGCAAGAGGAGCUACAAGUAUUGCAAUCAGAGGAAGGAGAGAGUAGCCAAAAUGGCACAGUGUUAAUGGGAGAAACUGCUUAUCCAGCUUUGGAGGAAACGAAGUCGGCACUUGAGAGAGAAGAAAAGUUGUCGGAAGACCAUGUCUAUUUUGGAACUGUCAGUGAUGAUUCUGAUAUUGUUACCCUUGAGCCACCUAAGUUAGAAGAAAUGGGAAAUCAGGAAGCUAUAAUUGUUGAAGAAGCACAGAGUCCAGAAGACUUUAACAUGGGCUCUUCUUCUAGCAGCCAGUAUACAUUCUGUCAGCCAGAAACUGUAUUUUCAUCCCAGCCUAGCGACGACGAAUCAAGUAGCGAUGAGACCAGUCAUCAGCCUAGUCCUGCCUUUAGACGACGCCGUGUUAGGAAGAAGACUGUUUCUAGUUCUGACUCUGAAGAACGGCUACUCCCCGAACAAGAAACCGAACCCUCUAAGGAGUUGCAUAAACGCCAGUUCAGCAGUGGUCUCAAUAAAUGUGUUAUACUUGCUCUGGUGAUUGCAAUCAGCAUGGGAUUUGGACAUUUCUAUGGCACAAUUCAGAUUCAGAAGCGUCAGCAGUUAGUCACAAAGAUACAUGAAGAUGAAUUGAAUGAUAUGAAGGAUUAUCUUUCCCAAUGUCAACAGGAACAAGAAUCUUUUAUAGAUUAUAAGUCAUUGAAGGAAAACCUUGCAAGAUGUUGGGCCCUUACUGAAGAAGAGAAGGUGGCCUUUGAAUCUCAGAAAAAGAACCUUGAUACAGAAAAUCAGUACUUAAGAAUAUCUCUGGAGAAGGAAGAAGAAGCCUUAUCUUCAUUACAGGAAGAGUUAAGGAAACUAAGAGAACAGAUUAGGCUAUUGGAAGAUAAAGGGACGGGUACUGAAUUAGUUACAGAAAAUCAGAAACUUAAGCAGCAUCUGGAAGAAGAAAAGCUGAAGACACACAGCUUCCUUAAUCAAAGGGAAACUCUUUUGGCAGAAGCAAAGAUGCUAAGGAAGGAACUGGAGAGAGAACGACUGAUAACCAUGGCUUUAAAGGUGGAACUCCAGCAGUUAAGCUCUAGUGAAUCAUAUGGCAACCCAGACUCUCCGAAUGUAUUGACUGAAAAAAAGGAAAUAGAAAUCUUACGGGAAAGACUCACUGAGCUGGAGCAGAAGCUAAACUUUGAACAGCAGCGUUCUGAUUUGUGGGAAAGGCUGUAUAUUGAGGCAAAAGAUCAAAAUGUAAAACAAGAAACUGAUGGAAAAAAGAAAGGGAGCAGAGGAAACCACAGGGCUAAAAAUAAGUCAAAGGAAACAUUUUUGGGUUCAGUUAAGGAAACAUUUGAUGCCAUGAAGAAUUCUACCAAGGAGUUUGUGAGACAUCAUAAAGAAAAAAUUAAACAAGCUAAAGAAGCUGUGAAAGAAAAUCUGAAAAAGUUUUCAGAUUCAGUUAAAUCCACUUUCAGGCAUUUCAAAGAUACCACCAAGAAUAUCUUUGAUGAAAAGGGCAAUAAAAGAUUUGGUGCAACAAAAGAAGAAGCAGCUAAAAAACCGACAGUCUUUAGUGAAUAUUUACACCCACAGUAUAAGUCACGUACACAAAACCAGAAUAAUAGAGGCCCUACUAUGCAAAGAGAGGGAAGGAAAGAAAAACCAAUUCACUUUGAAGAAUUUAGAAAAAAUACAAAAUCACAGAAAUGCAGUUCUGAGCAUGACUGUAGUGCAAAUUUUGAUUCUUUCAGAAAGUCUUGUUCUGGUGUAUUUGAAUGUGCUCAACAGGAAUCCAUUAACCUUUUUAAUAUGAAAGUGUUGAAUCCUGUAAGGAUAGAUGAAUUUAGACAGUUAAUUGAAAGGUAUUUAUUAGAAAAACUGGAUAGUUUUCAUCACUGGAAAGAACUUGAUCAGUUCAUCAAUAAGUUUUUCCUAAAUGGUGUCUUUAUACAUGAUCAGAAGCUCUUCACAGACUUUGUUAAUGAUGUUAAAGAUUAUCUUAAAGACAUGAAGGAAUAUCAAGUAGAUAAUGAUGGAGUGUUUGAGAAGUUGGAUGGAUAUAUAUAUAGACACUUCUUUGGUCACACUCUUUCCCCUCCAUAUGGACCCAGUCGACCAGAUAAAAAGCAACGUAUGGUAAAUAUUGAAAACUCCAGGCAUCGAAAACAAGAGCAGAAGCACCCUCAGCCACAACCUUAUAAAAGGGAAGGUAAAUGGCAUAAAUAUGGUCGCACUAAUGGAAGAUACAUGACAAAUCUUGAAAUAGAAUUGGGGCAGUUACCUUUUGACCCUAAAUAUUGAUUGUCAUGAUUCAGUUAAAUUAGAAAAUGGUAACAGAAACAUGGAUGGUAUCUACAAUGUUUGGUAUUGAAACUAAAAUGAAAUUAUCAAGAUAAUGUCUUUCUGUCAUUUCUAAGUAUCAGUUUGAUGACUUUACAUUAUUACUCAGAAGCAUCAAGCAGAAGCUUACUAACUUGCAUUUUCCUGUAGUUUAGUUUUGCUGAAAUUUUUUUGGCACUGGAAAUGUUCAACUGUAGUUUCAAGGAAGCCAGGCAUGCAACAGAUUUUGUGCAUGAAAUGAGUCUUCCUUUCAGUGUAUGAGCUUAAAGCAAGCUCAAAUCCUAUGACAAAGUGUAAUUAACACUGAUAUUUGUGUUAAAUUUGCAGUAGAGCUUGAAAAAGUACCUUGUGAUGGAAUUUCAUCUUUAACACUUUAUAAUUUUACACUUGCUUCUUGUCUUUUUGUGGGUUCAAGAGCCCGUUGACUUGUGAAGAAUUUGCUGCCUUCUUAUGAGCUUGCUGACUUGUUCUCUUGUGAAAUUUCUUGCACAUCUGAAUAUUGUGGAAGAAACAAUAAAACUACACCAUGAGGAAAAC